AUGAGUGUGAUCUUGGAGACUUCGCUGGGAGACCUGGUAGUCGACCUCUUGGUCGAUGAUGCGCCCAGGUCGUGCGAGAAUUUCCUUAAGCUAUGUAAAGUCAAAUACUACAACUUUUCGCCUGUUCACAGUCUUCAGAAAGGCUCCUCAUUUCAGACUGGAGACCCUCUUGGCCCGGAUUCGAAGGACAGUGAUGGAGGCUGCUCGAUAUGGGGCCUACUACAGGGCUCUGCAAAGCGAACCUACGUCGCGGAUAUCAACACGAAACUCAAGCAUGACGAACGUGGUACUGUCAGUAUGGCCACGAUACCUUCGCCACACGAUCCUGAUGAGAAACUUGCAGCCAGCCAAUUCAUCGUGACUCUUGGCGACGACAUAGACUAUCUUAAUGGCAAAGCGGUGCCGUUCGGCAAGGUCGUGGAAGGCUUUGAUGUCCUUGAAAAGAUUGACGGCGCUUUCGCUGAUGUUAAGGGACGACCUCUGAAGGAUAUUCGGAUACGCCAUACCGUUGUGCUCGACGAUCCCUUCGAUGACCCUGCCGGCUUAGAAGUACCGGAUCAAAGCCCAGUACCAACUAAAGCGCAAUUGUCGACAGUCAUGAUCGCCGACGACGAGGAGCUUGAAGACAAUGUCGACGAAGAAGCCAUGGAGAAGAUGCGUCGAGAACGAGAGGCACGGGCACAGGCUCUCACGCUCGAAAUGGUCGGAGAUCUGCCGUUCGCUGAGGUCAAGCCUCCGGAGAACGUUCUCUUCGUCUGCAAACUCAACCCAGUCACGCAUGAUGAGGACCUCGAACUCAUUUUCAGCCGAUUUGGCAAAAUCAUAUCCUGCGAAGUCAUUCGAGACAAGAAGACAGGCGACAGCCUACAGUAUGCUUUCAUCGAAUUCGAGAACGAAAAAGACUGCGAGCAAGCCUACUUCAAGAUGCAAGGGGUCCUGAUCGACGAUCAUCGCAUUCACGUCGACUUCUCACAAAGCGUGUCAAAGAUCUCAAACUUGUGGAGAGAUGCAACUAAUUCGAAACGAGCAAGGAACAAGGGUGGGUUUGGAGGUAUCGACAGUCUGCAGAAGAAGAGUCACUACCGUGAGGGCGAAGGAAAGGACAGUCGGAUGCCGAGAAUGAUUCGGCGCAAAGGAAACGGAGCAGAAGCCGGAGUCGUAGUCGAGAACGCUAUCGCAGCAGGAGUAGAAGUCCAAAGAGAGCUCCCAGAUAUGACGAAGAGAGAAGGUAUCGACAGCAAGACGAUAGGCAUUAUGGGCGGCGUGAGCGAGACCCGUAUUCGCGGUCUGAUAGACACGACCGUGAUCGCAGGCGCUGAAAUACCAUAA